AUGACUUUAAGAGUCAGGAAGUUGCAGAGUUAUUAUUAUUUUUGCCUUGGGAUUUUAAUCCCAUUACUUUUAUCCUCUGUGUCUAUCUCCAUUUCUGAAACUGGCCAAAAUUUCUGCAGUAGCAAAUUUAAACAUAUUGUCAACAUUCCAUCCAGUUUUAGCUGAAGUUUCCAAAUAAAUCAUUUUGAUGAUCAUUUGCAAAUUUUUAACCUUCUUCAAAUAAAACUUUUCUUUCCUCUUCUCUAUCAAUUUUAUUUCCAACCAAGGCUGCUACGACCGUUCUAG